GGGAUUUUUACCCCCCCUGCUUUGGAGGCCCAGGCUCAGGGCCAAUUAUAAGUAGGAAACCAAUUUGAAGGAAAGAAGUUGGAAACGAGUUAGGGUGCCAGGUCCUGGGAGAGAGCAGCAGCCCCAUCUGAGGCCUGCAUGGGCCUCUGACAGACUCAGGUGCUUGUUUUAAAGGGAAAGGGCUUCCAGAAUUUACCAACAGCGAGCCAGCUAGGAGAUGCCGUGCGUAGUGAGGACCAAAGGCGCUCCGGGCAGAGCAGGUCCAGGGGCGCGGAGAGGAGAUAGGGCCACCAUGGGCCUUCUUCAGGGCCUUCUUGGAGCAAGGAACCUGCUGUUGGUCGUCUGCGUUCCGCUGCUGCUGCUGCCUCUGCCCAUCCUCCACCCCAGCAGCGAGGCUGCGUGUGCUUAUGUUUUGAUCGUGACCGCUGUGUACUGGGUGUCCGAGGCAGUGCCUCUUGGAGCUGCAGCCCUAGUGCCUGCCUUCCUCUACCCGUUCUUUGGAGUUCUCCGAUCCAGUGAGGUGGCAGCCGAGUAUUUCAAGAACACCACUCUGCUGCUGGUGGGUGUCAUCUGCGUGGCGGCCGCCGUGGAGAAGUGGAACCUGCACAAAAGAAUCGCCCUGCGCAUGGUCUUGAUGGCUGGAGCCAAGCCGGGCAUGCUGCUGCUCUGCUUCAUGUGCUGCACCACGCUGCUGUCCAUGUGGCUCUCCAACACCUCCACCACGGCCAUGGUGAUGCCCAUCGUGGAGGCCGUGCUGCAGGAGCUGGUCAGUGCCGAGGAGGAGCAGCUCGUGGCGGGCAACUCCAGCGCCGAAGAGGCCGAGCCCAUGAGUCUCGAUGUAAACAGCCAACCAUCUCUGGAACUCAUCUUUGUCAAUGAAGACACGUCAGCUGCAGACUUCACUUCUAUGAUGCAAAACAAGAACCUGAAUGGUGUGCCCACAAUCACCAACCCCCUCAGAACAGCAAAUCAACGCCAAGACAAGAAGCAGCCAUCCCAGGAAAAGCCACUUGGCCUGACCCCCAGCCCCAGGAAUCAGAAGUUGAACAGAAAGUACAGGUCCCAGCAUGACCAAAUGAUCUGCAAGUGCCUCUCUCUGAGCAUUUCCUAUGCUGCGACCAUAGGCGGCCUGACCACCAUCAUUGGCACCUCCACCAGCCUCAUAUUCCUGGAACACUUCAACAACCAGUACCCAGCUGCAGAGGUGGUCAACUUUGGCACCUGGUUCCUCUUCAGCUUCCCCAUAUCCCUCAUCAUGCUGGUUGUCAGCUGGUUCUGGAUGCAUUGGCUGUUCCUGGGCUGCAACUUUAAAGAGACCUGUUCUCUGAGCAAGAAGAAGAAGACCAAAAGGGAAGAGUUGUCAGAGAAGAGAAUCCAAGAGGAAUAUGAAAAGCUGGGAGACAUCAGCUACCCUGAAAUGGUGACUGGAUUUUUCUUCAUCCUGAUGACCGUACUGUGGUUUACCCGGGAGCCUGGUUUUGUCCCUGGCUGGGACUCCUUCUUUGAAAAGAAAGGCUACCGCACUGAUGCAACAGUCUCUGUCUUCCUUGGCUUCCUCCUCUUCCUCAUUCCAGCAAAGAAGCCCUGCUUUGGGAAAAACAAUGACGGUACAAGCCUGGAGUCCUCCCUACAGUCUGAGCCCAUCAUCACAUGGAAGGACUUCCAGAAAACCAUGCCCUGGGAGAUUGUCAUCCUGGUGGGAGGAGGCUAUGCCCUGGCUUCUGGCAGCAAGAGCUCUGGUCUUUCCACGUGGAUUGGGCACCAGAUGUUAUCCUUGAGCAGCCUGCCGCCAUGGGCUGUCACCCUGCUGGCAUGUAUCCUGGUGUCCAUUGUCACAGAGUUUGUGAGCAACCCAGCCACCAUCACCAUCUUCCUGCCCAUCCUGUGCAGCCUGUCUGAAACGCUGCACAUUAACCCACUCUACACCCUGAUCCCAGUCACCAUGUGCAUCUCCUUUGCAGUGAUGCUGCCUGUGGGCAAUCCCCCCAAUGCCAUCGUCUUCAGCUAUGGGCACUGCCAGAUCAAAGACAUGGUGAAAGCUGGCCUGGGAGUCAAUGUCAUUGGCCUGGUGAUAGUGAUGGUGGCCAUCAACACCUGGGGCGUUAGCCUCUUCCACCUGGACACUUUUCCAGCCUGGGCGAAGGUCAAUAACAUCACCAAUCAGGCCUAACACAAGUGGACAACCUGGCUCAGUUGAAGGAGUUGCGCUGAGCACAAUCUGAACCACAGGCAAAGAAAAUUACCAGGAGCAUGCCCCAGAAACACACUGAAGGCAGCGGUGCCAGAAGAUCCUGCCACCUAAACCUUGAAGUGCAGGGACCCUGCAAUCACCACAGGCAUGGGCUGGGCGGUUGAUGUCUUCUUUCCUGGCUGCCUACCUGCCUUAGCAUCACAGCUCAAGAAACUAAAAACUGAUCUGUCUUCCUUGGGUCCAGUCUUUCCUAUCUACUCUUCCUAAGACAGGAAAAAAAGAAAGCCUGUCUUAAUUGCCCCUGAAGGGCGAAGCCUCUCAAACUGACUGGCCUCACUAGGUUUUGUUAUUUGUAGUGGCUCCUUAGGAGUUGAAGGAGAUAUGCACAUCGUUCUACCUAUGCAGAUGGUGAAAAGAGCGACUCUAUUUUGAGGGAACCUUACCCAGAACUUGAGCCAUCUCAAGUUUUCUAUCCUAAGUUCUCUUCACAAAAAAAGCCUCUUUUAUUACUAUCUUGAUUCAGUUUUAAAAAAUGGCUCCAUCUCUCCAUCUUUCCAAUGGCUCCCCUUUGACACCAAAUUCUGUAAAGAAAUAGUUUUCCUCUUUAGAAGAAAAGCUGGUAUCAUUCACUUUAUCAAAGGAGAAGGAAGUAGAAAAAAGACACAUUGAAUUAGCUUCUUUCUCCACUCACUAACUGGAAAUACCAUUGCCUUGGCUACAGGUGGGGAGGGAGGGAAAACAUUCAUACCUGUCUUGUUAGGGAGAUCAAAACUAUAAUUAAGACCACAUCACUUUUAUUGGUAUCAUGCUGGCUUGCUUCUGGAUUUAAUGAGUAGUUCAUUCCUGAGAAGACAAAGUACAUAAGUAUAACCCAAAGGUCCAACAUGCCAAUCACUUUUUCCUGUUGAUAAGUCCCCUGAGGGGAAGGAGAUACCUGCAUCUCUUGAAUUCCCCUGGCAACUUCUACGAUGUAGUAAGCUGUACCUGCUCAAUAAAUGCUCCCAAUAAGAAUCACUCUGCAAGGCAAGGCCUUAUUCCUCCUGUAGAUCAAGCAAUUUUUUUCAUGAGAUGUCCUUGUUGCAUGGCUGGAUAUAGCUCUCUAUCCCUCCAAGUUUGUUGUCAUUAAGUAUUUCCAAUUUCAACAAUCAGUUGCUUACUUAAUACAUCUUAAGGAAAAAAUAGUCCCCCAUAGUUUUGCACUGUAGUAACUAAUUUUAAGAUACUGUCAAUAUCAUGUGAAGUUUUCCCACAAUAAUUUAUCUAUAAAAUCACUCCUUUAGUUUA